AUUUCUUUUUUUUUUUUUUUUUUUUUUUUUUCGUUUCCGGAUUUAUAAAAGGAAAGGAAAGAAAAGGCACGAUGCAUCACCGCUCCGAUCCCAAUGCUCGUCGGAAGUUCGAGUCUGAUGCCUCGCUGGUGCUGGUCGGUAUCCGUGGGUGCGGGAAGCGGUCGAUGGGCUUCGUUGCCGCGGCUGCCUUGAAACGUCGCUUCAUCACCGAAGACCAUUUCUUCAAGGAGACCACCGGCAUCACUCGCCAUGAGUACCUGCAGAAAUUCGGCACGCAGGAGUUCCAACGCCGGGACAUCGAGAUCCUCAAGGCGAUGCUCGACAACCACCGCACCCGCUGCGUCAUCGAGAUCGGACUGGGCAGUCUGACUCGCCCGGUGCAGGAACAUCUGCGCAUCUACUGCUUGACCAACCCAGUCGUCUAUCUGGCCCGGGAUAUGGACCGCAUCCAGCGUCUGCUGGGGCUGGAGGACCAGGCCGUCCGUCUGCUGCGUGAAGGUGACCUGCUGCACCGCAGCUGCUCGAAUUUCGAGUUCUACAAUGUCGAGGACCGGUCGAGCCUCGCCGCUCUACACUCCGACGAGGGCACGCCCGACCGGCGGUCGGCAGACUACUCCUUCAAGCUGAAGGACGCCAAAGAGGAUUUCACGCGCUUCGUCCAGCUCGUCACCGGCGUCGAGAAGGAUCAUUCCAGCUACGACUCCCCCUUUGCUCUCCUCGAGACCCCCCCGGAGCUGCGCUCCUACACACAUGCCAUCUUUGUCCGCUCGUCCGACAUCGCCGAGUGUUCCGUCGAUCUCGCCGAACUGGGGUCUGGCGGCGACGCCAUCGAGCUCUGCAUCGACCGAUGGGGGCCCGGCAUGGCCACCACCAUCAGCAAGCAGGUUGCCUUGCUCCGGCGACACGCGCGCACUCCCAUCAUCUUGUCCGUCGACACCACUUCAUCCGGCAUCGGUACCCCUGUGCCCCAUACCCCAGAACCCAGGUCGCCGGUAGCCAGGUCGCCGACCAUGACCACGACCACCACUACAACCACAACCACGGCCACAACCACGCCAUCAUCGUCACCGCCACCGCCACUGCUGCAGGACCGCAACGUAUAUGCAGAGAUCAUGGAGCAUGGGUUGCGUCUGGCCGUCGAAUACCUGGCCGUUGACUUGGGUCAGGAUCAAUCUUUGUUGAAACGCAUCAUCCACAGCCGAGGCAACACAAAGAUCAUUGGCCAGUAUGUGUUUGAACCAUCGACGCGUGUCUCGUGGGAGGAUGAGGGCUGCGUAUCGCUGUAUCUAGAAGCCGAGACGCUCGGCUGCCAGCUGAUCCGGAUCCUGCGCGUGGCCACGGAGCGCGAGGACAACAACGCCGUCCUCAAGUUCACCAAUCGCAUCCGCGCCCUGCGCGGCAGCGGCCACCCGCCGCUGAUCGCAUACAACGUGGGCCCGCUGGGCCGUACCUCCCAGGUCUUCAACAACGUGCUGACCUCGGUCACGCACCCGGCGAUCCGGUCGCGGCAGCCUCACGCGCGCGACCCCCUGAUCACCGCGCAAGACGCCGUGCAGGCGCUGUUUCAGAGCUACGUGCUCGACCCGCUCCGCUUCUAUAUCGUGGGCGGCAGCGUGGCGUACAGUCUGUCGCCGGCGAUGCAUAACGCGGCCUUUCGGCACUGCGGGAUGAACCACCUGUACAGCAUCCCGGAGUCGACCUCGCUCGCGGCGCUGGACCGGCUGGGCCGGGACCCGCAGUUCGGCGGCGCCAGCAUCGUCCAGCCCUUCCGGGUGCAGGCCUUUCCCAAGCUGGCGUCCAAGAGCCGGCACGCUGAGGCGAUCGGGGCGAUCAAUACGAUCAUGCCGUUGCGCGCGCGCGCCGACGGGACCCUGUUCCCCCUGCAGGAGCAGGCCAGCCGGCGCAACCAGUCCGGCCGCGUGCUGGCCUGGUACGGCGAGAACACGGACUGGGUGGGCAUCAUGACCUGCAUCACCCGUAACCUCUCGCCGCGCAACGCCAUCAGCCCGCUCAAGUCGACCGGGCUUGUCAUCGGCGCGGGCGGGAUGGCGCGGGCCGCCAUCUACGCCAUGCUGCGCCUCGGCUGCCGCCAGAUCUUCAUCCACAACCGCACCGUCUCCCGCGCCGAGGCGGUCGCCCGCCACUUCAACUCCUGGGCCUCGUCGCAGGUCGGCGCCCCAGAGGUCGUGCGCGUCUUACGUUCGGCCGCCGACGACUGGCCUGCCGACGCCAACCCGCCGUGUCUGAUCGCCUCGUGCGUCCCGGCCGAUCCGUCGGGCACGGAGCCACCAGCCAAUUUCGAGAUGCCCACGCAAUGGUUGGGGAGUCUGACGGGCGGUGUUGUCCUAGAGCUUGCGUAUAAACCUCUCGAUACUCCUCUCCUUGUACAGAUGCGACGCUUCCGCAGCGAAACAGGUCGGCCAUGGGUCCUGGUGGACGGGUUAGAGAACGUGACGGAGCAAGGAAUCGCUCAGUUUGAGCUGAUGACAGGGCGGAAGGCGCCUCGACGACUGAUGACACGCGAGGUUCUGCGCAACUACAGGGGGGAGGAUGGCCGGUUUGAUGAACGGGAUAUCCAGGCGCGGUUAGACGGGCUCUAAUUUCACUUUCUGCCACUUGACCAGAGUACCAUAAGAUUAGACAGUAUACUCAGAGUGUGUGAUUAUAGAAUCUACUCAUCUGGUAUAUUCAAAACCACUUGGGGAUAAGUAGCCCGAGGUACCUACAUGAG